AUGAACGACGGACUCAACAAACUAACUUCCGUUGAGAGCGAGUACCUAGAGAAGAGCGGGAAAAAAAGAAGACAAAAAUCCUUAACCCUAAAUGAUGAUGUCUCCACCCAACAGGAUGCAAACUUUGAGAGAAUUUGUUUGUCCACUUUACAAGGGGAAAUAGAACAGAACAAGGAAAUUGCUCUCCCAGAUAUUUAUGUAAGUGAUAGAAAGACGGGCCAAGGAGUACAUCCCUCCUGUGUAAAUCUAAGUGAAAGUUAUCCUUUAGAUGCAGAAGUGGAGGAAGAAGAUUUUGAGACACUCGAAGUUAUUAAACAGCUCAGUUCCAUUCGUAUUGACUCAGACACAGAUAAUUCCGUCGGGGGGGAUAAAGUGGUUUGUAAUAAAAAGGAAAAUACACCAAAAAAGCGGAACAAAAAAAAAAGGGGGAAACACACAAUUACACCCUUGUGGGAUAAUACGGAUGUAGAAUGUGUGGAAGAUGCCAUCAUAUACGACGAGUCGAAGGACACGGAUUUCCCAGAUCUGCUGCAACUCUUCGAGGAAUACAACGAGAAAUAUUUUUUUAACAAAUUGAAAUCAGUGCAGGUGAAGUGGAGCAACAAAAUGAAGUUAUGCGCAGGGAUUUGUAUAUUUAAGAAAUCAGGCUAUUGCUGCAUUCGGCUAUCCCUUCCUCUUCUGAAGCUGCGGAAGAUAAAGGAGUACAGGGAGACCCUACUGCACGAAAUGAUUCAUGCGUUCCUUUUUCUAACGAGAAGCAAUUCUCGACAUGAUGGGCAUGGACCGGAGUUCAAAAAGCACAUGUACAGAAUUAACAAAGCGACAGGGCUAUGCAUUACCAUAUAUCACAGUUUUCACAAGGAAGUGAACUUUUACAGAAACCAUGUCUGGAGGUGCACGGGCGUCUGCAGAACUUACCCUCCCCACUUUGGGUACGUUAAAAGGUCUAUGAAUAGGCCCCCUGGGCCCAAGGAAAAAUGGUGGAGAAGGCACUCCUCGUAUUGCCGUGGCAAUUUCAUUAAAAUGGAGAAGGGAAAAGAGGAUAAGAAUUCAGACACAGUACAUUUUGGUGCGACGGGGUACAAUUCGGGCAUACUUGGAAAGGCGAUGGAGUCCACCCGUGUGAAGAAUAAGAAGACGAGCGGGAAAGAUGGUUUUGAAAAAAGGGCAGACACUGUAAAUACAGAACUGCUGAAUGACGCCAUAGUCAUUUUAGACUCGAAGAAACAAAUUAUGGAAAAGCAAAAAGAAGUAGACGAAAUGGACAUUAUUAAUUUAAUAAAAACUCUGUUUAGUGAUAACAAGCAGAAGGUGUGGUCCUUCCCGGAUUUAUCCGUAGAUUACCAUAAGGCGUUUAAAAAUGAAAACUAUUUUGAAAUAGACUAA